AUGGCGAGCUCUCCAGCACCUCAAGGCGCACGCGACGACUUCCCUCACCUAACCCAGCCUGUCGUCCCCGACAACUGCAUCAAGGUGCUCGUCGCGACCGACACCCACAUCGGGUACGCCGAGAAGGACCCGGUGCGCGGCCGCGACUCGAUCAACACGUUCAAGGAGGUGCUCGACCUCGCCGUCGCCAACGAUGUCGACAUGCUGCUCCUCGCGGGCGACCUCUUCCACGAGAACCGGCCGUCGCGCACUUCGCUAUACCAGACCAUCUCGGCCCUGCGCGAGCGCUGCCUCAGCGACAGGCCCAUCGCCCUCGAGCUCGUCAGCGACGCCGGCGUGGGCAUUCCUCGCGACGUCAACUGGCCGGGCGUCAACUACGAGGACGAGAACAUCAACGUCGGCUUGCCCGUCUUCUCGAUUCACGGCAACCACGACGACCCGCAGGGCGUUGGCGCUGAAGGCGCCCUGUGCGCGCUCGACGUCCUGUCGGCCUCGGGCCUCAUCAACUACUUUGGCCGCAUGGAGCUCCCCGGGCAGGCCAACGACGACGCCGAGGCGCUCGAGGACGGCCUCAAGGUCAAGCCCGUCCUGCUCCAGAAGGGCGACACCAAGCUCGCGCUGUACGGCAUGGGCAACAUCCGCGACGACCGGUUCGUCUUCGAGUUGACCAACCGCCGCAUCAACCUGUACCGCCCGGCCCAAGACCCCGACGACUGGUUCAACAUAAUCCUCGUGCACCAAAACCGCGUCGCGCACGGCCCGAACAACUCGGUCCCGGACGAGGCGUUCGGCGAGGAGGCCAACCUCGUCAUCUGGGGCCACGAGCACGACUGCAUCGAGCAGGCGCGCCCGCAGCCCGUCACCGGUCGCCCGUACCACAUCACGCAGCCGGGCAGCAGCAUCGCGACGAGUCUCGCCAAGGGCGAGGCGAUCCCCAAGCACGUCGGCCUUCUCAAGAUCCAGGGCAAGGAGUGGGAGUUUGAGCCGAUCCGCCUGCGCUCGGUCCGCCCGUUCAUCUUCGAGGAGGUGUCGCUCUUCGACUACCACGAGGACCAGACCGACGACCGCAAGAAGCUCACGAGCAAGGUCGCCGUCAACAAGUUCCUCAAGAGCAAGGUCAACGAGCUCAUCAAGCGCGCCAACGCCGAGUGGGACGAGCUUCACCCGGACGAGGACGACUCGGAGCGUCUCCUCCCGCUCAUCCGCCUUCGUGUCGACUACUCGCACGGGCCCGACGGCAACGGCUACUUCGAGGUCGGCAACCCGCAGCGGUUCGGGCAGGACUUUGUCGACAAGGUGGCCAACCCGCGCGACCUCGUCCAGUUUCACCGCAAGUCGGCGACCCGCAAGGCCAAGGUGACGAUCAACCAGCCCGACCUCACGACGCUCGAUGAGGCCAUGCGCGAGGCGGCCGAGACGGGCUCGCUGUCGACCCAGUUCGAGAAGAUCACGAUCCAGAGCCUCGUGCACGAGUACCUCGAGGCGCAGAACCUCAACGUGCUCAGCGAGAGCCUCAUCGAGAGCGCCGUCGACGAGUUUGUCGGCAAGGGCGAUAAGGACGCCGUCGGCAACUGGGUCAAGAAGCUCCUCCGCGACACGCGCAACGACAUCAUGAAGAAGGGCUUCGAGCCGAGCAAGGAGGGCUACGAGCACGACAACCUCGAGGACGAGAUGCGUCAGGCCAAGAAGGCCACCGAGGCCAAGUACGGGCACAAGAACAAGGGCAAGGGCAAGAGCAAGGGCAAGGGCAAGGCGGCCGAGUCCGACUCGGGCGACGACGACGACGACGACGACGACGACGACGACGACGACGACGACGCGUCCGAGGCGUCUUCCUCUCGCGCCGGCGCCAAGUCGAAGGGCAAGAGCAAGGCCAAGGCCAAGCCGCGCGACAGCAUGGACGAGGACAGCGACGACUCGAUGGCGGGCUCGUCGGGCAGCAGGCGCGCGCCGGCCAAGGGCAAGGGUACGUCGGCCAAGAAGGCGACGACGAGCAAGGCCAAGGGCAAGGGCAAGGCGCUCUUCAACAAGUCGGACGACAGCGAGGACGAGAGCGACGACGAGGAGGAGAGCGAGGAUCCGGCGCCCAAGAAGAAGGCCCCCGUCAAGAAGGCGGCCGCCGCCAAGAAGGUCGUCGCGCCGACGACCAAGAAGCCUCCUGCGCGCAGUGCGGCCAAGAAGGCGACGCAGAGCAUCACGCUCGAGACCGACUCGGAGGACGACAGCUCGGUCGACGAGGCGCCGAGCAGGAAGCGCAAGCGGUGA